AUAUGCAACAAAAACAAACAAAAACUGGUUUUGUGGCCUAUGAUUCACCACUCUAUUAAAUAUAAUAUUAAAAAACGUUUUGUUACCCCCAAACAAAUCUCAAUUUCUGAAUUAAGCAAUUUGAUACAAACCCAAUCUCAUCAAGGUUUAGCCGCAACCCUUUAAAACAAAAAUCUUUUCCAUCUAAACAGUACCUGGCCAUAUACUCUCGCACCUAUUACCCAGACAAUCAUCACCAUCAUCACAUACUUUGUGUUCAAAUCCUAGUACAUCUAGGCUCUCUCUAUAGCCCAAGUCUUUCUUGAUUUGGAUUUGCCAUUGUUUUUAUAUAUUGAAGCUUCGUCAUCCAUCUGGGUCUGAGAGCCAAUCGGUAUGAGGAAGAGAGAGAGAGAAAACCCUUGUGGAAUUUGUGGGCACUACCACAAGUACGAAGAAGGAGAGGUUUGUGGUAUCUGCGGACACCGGAUGUCCGUCGUGUCUGAGAAAUCCUCGAUUCAGGUUAGCGCUUUCCCAUCGGAGAUCUUGCCGGAGUUUUUAUAUCUCGGAAGCUAUGACAAUGCGUCGCGGUCGGAACUUCUCAAAACCCAGGGGAUUUCUCGUGUUCUCAAUACAGUUCCUUCCUGUCAAAAUCUCUACAAGAACUCUUUCACUUAUCAUUGCCUCCAAGAUGACAAAACUUUACAGUUUGAUGAUGGUAUCCAAUUUAUAGAGCAAUGUGAAAGGGACAAGGCCCGUGUUCUGGUGCAUUGCAUGUUAGGGAAAAACAAAUCGCCAGCUGUUGUGAUAGCUUAUCUGAUGAAGAGCAAAGGUUGGAGACUUGCACAGAGUUACCAGUGGGUAAAAGAGAGGAGACCAUCUGUUGAAUUAACACAAGAUGUCUACCAGCAGUUACAGGAGUAUGAACAGAAGAUCUUUGCCAUGCCAGUCUUGCAGUCUACAGGUGUGCCAUCUUUCAGCUUUGGCUUCCCAAAGCCUAACGAUUCAGUUCCCAUCCCUGCUUUUAACAGUAUUGGUGCUACAUCCAUAUUUGCCCGACCAACUUUGGACAUGGGACAUGAGUUUACUUUUGGAGCUGGGCAGAGUCAGAACAAUAAUACUUCUGAAGACCCUUUUGGGGCAAAACCAUCAAAUCCAAGUGGUAAUGAUAUUUCCAUGGAUGGUUCUUGAUUGCUUUACAUCUUAUUAUUCCUUUGCGACAUCAUCAAUCGUGGAUCAGAAGUCAAAUAGGUUCUAACAUGGACAAGUUUUAAUCUGAGUUUGGAUGUAAAGUGAGAAGAAAUGCUCAGACGUUUUUUUUUUGGUUUAUGAGGUUUGAUGUAUCAAUACACUAUGGUGUUCGUGCCUUGAAACAGAUGUUAUUUAAGUGGAAGAAUCUCAUUGCUUAAUACCAUACAAGAUUAAUAAAGAAGUUUGUGGUUAAUGUUUUCCUGAA